GUCGCGUCCGGUCAGUAGCAUCUCUAACCCUACAAGUACCUUAGAUUUCGACCUUGAACUCAUCAGUCUCAUCAUUCCUCGUUUCCGUUGUCACGCAUCAGGUCACUUUAGCAAGGACUGUCAGCUUGUUGCCAUCUAUUUCAACCCAACAUGAAAGUUGUUCUAUCUGGCGGUACAGGGUACAUUGGGAAGGAAGUGCUGACCCAAUGCCUGAAUCACCCGUCCAUUACUUCUGUCCUCAUCCUUACCCGUCGCGAACCCGGACCGUUGGCCGAGCAUCCCAAAGCCAAAGUGAUCAUCGUGAAAGACUUUACCUCAUACGACGAACAUACCAUCAAUGAGGUGAAAACAGCUGAUGCCGCCAUUUGGUGCUUGGGUACAUACACUGGCGAUAAGAGAGUCGAUAUAGAUUAUCCUCUCACAUUUAUUAACACUAUCAAGACGCGGCCUCCCGGAUCGACCUUUCGAUAUGUCCAGCUGGGUGGAGCCUUUACGGAACCGCCUCCAAAGGAGGGCCAGAAAGAACGGUCCUUGUGGUUCUUUGCUCAUGGACGUCGUGUUAGAGGUGCCACAGAGGCGCGAGUCCUAGAAUCCGCAGCAGACGGCUCCCACAGUGGAUUUACAGUUUACGUCGUCAAACCGGGAGGGGUGGUGCCCAAGGACAAAGGUAUCCUCCAGAGGUGUGUCUUCGGGGACUCCAUAUCUGUCAGAAUCGAUGAGCUUGGAGCCACGAUGAUUGACCUGGCGGUACGAGGGAGUGAGCAAAAGGUGUUCCAGAAUCAGGACAUUAUCAAGCAUGCAAGGAAAUUGCAAGAGCAGUCAAGUGAAUAA